GUGAGCAGGAAUGGCUGCCAAUCCCUGGAAUCCCAUUCAGCCCUCGGCGGCUGCUCUGCUGAUAGAGAAAUGCCUGGGGCGAGGUGUCCUGACCCAGGAUGUCUUGGACCAAACACAAAAGGAGUUCUCUUGUUUUAGUAGCGUAGAUGAACUGGAGAAGCUAUUGGAAGUCAAAGCUGAAAUCAACCAGAAGAGUCUGGAACUGGAACUGUUGCAGCUAGAGCAAGAGACUGCUGAUAUUGCCCACCCUUUUUUCCUAAGCCAGAAAUGUCAAGCCCUACAAGUCAUGAACAGUCACCUGGAGGCUGUACUGAAGGAGAAACGUGCCAUGAGGCAGAGAUUGGCUAAACCGCUGUGCCAGGAAAACUUGCCCAUUGAAGCAUCAUAUCACAGAUAUGCAUCUGAACUUUUAUCCCUCGCUGUGAAUUUCAUUGACAAGCUAGAAGUGUAUCUUAAAACCAUCCAGACAAUUCCUCAGCUUCAAGAGCAAACUAAUAACAUGGAUAAUGCUCUGGUGAGGAUAGAGUCUCUGGAAGCUGAGGUCGAGGAGCUGGUUGAGCGGAUUCUGGCAUGGAGAGAGGAACAAUAUGGACUUCUUCAGGCCACAUAUAGGAACAGCCACGGGGCAAGUUCCAGAAACACAAAUGGAACAACAUCCUAUCUCUCUAUGGAGAACUUCUAUCCUUAGUUUAUCGGGUGCUGAUGCUUUGCCAAACAAGGAUGAAAGCAAGUACGCACUCUAGCUGGCAAAGCAUCAUGGAACCUGUAGUUCUACAACAUCUGAGAAUCUAUUGUUUGACACCUUAUCUUCACGUUCCAGAUGAGGACUGCUAUGAUCGUCAAUGAAGCACAGAUUGCACCCACUCACACAAUGAGAAGUAAGACUAUGCCCCACUCAGCAUCCCAGGAUACCACACGGACCUGGAACCUGCGAACACAUACUUUAAAUAUUAUAACAAAGCACUCCAGAAUUCGUGUGAAUAGCGCUAGCAGCUCUCCUUCAAAAAUCACAAAAAAAUAGGAAGUUAAGGACUGAUACAGUCUAAUGCACUUUGUUUAUGUUCCUAUAGGCAUCAAAAGCCUUCCUCUAUAA